GACAACACGUGCGCGAAUUCAACGUGUGUUAUCCUAGUUAAAUUUGGUUUUUCUUCGAUUCCAGCAUAUAUUGAGAAAUCUAUUAAAAUUUUAAAGUUAAUUAAUUAUGGACAGUGAGCAGCCAACGGCUGUAAAGGCUUCAGUUUCUAUUAUUAAGCCGCCAAACUCCGAAACACCUUUUGAAUUGGAGAAACAUAGCGCCUUGGAAGCGGACUUAUCAAUAGAUAAGGUGCAAACAACGCCUACAGAAGCAACGAAUGCAGUAGGAGAACCAGUAGAAAUGGAGAAACAAGUGGAGAAUGAAUUGGUCAAUGAGUCAACAAAAGCAAUCGCAUCCAUAUCAGGCCAAGAAAAGGUUUCGGAUUUAGAUCCUAAGGAGCUUCAGGGUGCGGGAAUGGAGUGCGAAACAUCAUCAGAUCAAGUGCCCCAGGGAAAUCCCUGUAAGAAGCCCCCUCAAGAAAUGGAUUGUGAAUCGUCUAGCGAGUCGGAAACCACUCCUUCAACAGCGAAGGGCUCCCAAAAAGUUUCCUCUGGCGCUGCAGACACCAUUACCGUACCUCAAGUUCAGCCCGCUCCAGAGGUUAUUCCAAGCCCUCAAGCAUGUGGCCUCAGUCUGUUGGCUGCCUACAGCUCUGAUGACUCAGAUAUAGAGGAAGUCACUCCAGUCCAGAAUGGCGACAACGAAGUGAUUGAAGUUCCAGUUUCGGACCCCGCCUCCUCCACCACCGCAUAUCGUCCAGUAGUAGCUGUUAGCUCGGACGACGAGAACUCAAAAAGCAGCAGCAGUAGCAGUGACUCAGACUCCGAUUCUGAAGGAGAAUACCUCACGGUACUUCGCAAGAAGAUAGACAAAAGAAUCAACACCGUCGAUUGCGACGAGGAUGACGAGGACUUCGAUGAAGAUGGGGCUACAGGAGAUCGGUCUCGCCGUCGUCAGCCCCCGAAAGUACGUGGGGAAAUGCUACUAGAUGACCUUCCUCCCAUCCAUCAGCUAGAGAUUACUGUACCCGAGGAUGAAUGCGUUGAACUGGGCAAAGUGCAGUCCAUCGUGGAUCAGCUUGUUUUGGUUUCCGUGCUGCCGAAUUCCAUGCUUUUCGAUCUGGACACCGUUUUGUUCUUGGAGAAGGGUCGCAAGGUCCUUGGUGAAGUGUUCGAUGUGUUGGGUCAAGUGUCGGAUCCAUUGUACUGUGUUCGAUUCAACAGUAACCAACAGAUCCUGGAUAGGGGCAUCAAAAUUGGCGACGUGGUCUACUGCGCUCCAAAAACCGAACACACCCAAUUUGUGAUCCUCUCUAAGCUGAUGCAAGUUCGAGGAUCGGAUGCUUCGUGGGAGCACGAUGUAGAACCACCAUCCCGCUACGUAGAUCACUCGGAUGAUGAAGAGGAAAGAGAAGCCAGGGCAGAGCAACGAAAGCGCCGCCAAAGGGAUCGCACCAACUCCACUGAUUCCGUGGACACCGUAACCUCGGUGGCAACAACAGCCACGGAGGCUUCUUCAGUAGCUCCUCCUCGCCAGCGUGGACGUCGUGGCCAACGAGAGAGUUUCCGGCAGAGCCAGCGACCCUCCAUUAAUCAAAACAACCAGAAUCAGCACAGGGACGAACAGUAUAACUACCAUCCAAGCUAUAAUCCCGGCAGCUGGCACUCCAACUACUACCAGAACUAUCACCAGGCAGCGGCUAACUUUAACAUGUCGCAGCAGCAGCCUGGAAUGCCCUUCCCAGUGCCCAACUAUGGCUAUGGCAUGCCAUAUGCCAUGCCGCCAAUGUACCCCCACAUGUACCCGCCACCACCACCCUUUGGUCCACCUCCUCCGAAUAACCAUUCGCAUCAAGGACAUCCGCCACCCAGCUAGAGAAACGUAAGAUAUAUCAGUGAAUUACUUUUAUUAUUCCAAUAAAAAAUCUUAAUCAAUUA